UUGGGGAAGAUCUCGCGAUGUUCCAAGUCAAGAAACCGCGCCCCAUUCUCGAUUCUGCGGCUCGCCUGAAGUGUCGCCGGGCGCUUCUGAUUGGCUGGCGCGCCACGUCUCUGUUCGAGGACCACCUCCUGCUUCUGGGCUGCCGAUCAUGGCUCUGAGGGCAUGUGGCUUGAUCAUCUUCCGAAGACACCUUAUUCCCAAGGUAGACAACAGUACAAUUGAAUUUCUGCUGCUGCAGGCAUCAGACGGCAUUCAUCACUGGACUCCUCCCAAAGGGUUUUCUUAUGUGGACCACAUGGCCAGGGAGUGUGACUCCUGGAGGUGUCAGAAGCACAGAGGAGCUGGGUCUCCUAACGGCCAUGUGGACCCAGGAGAGAAUGACUUAGAAACAGCCCUGCGAGAGACUCAGGAGGAAACAGGCAUAGAAGCAAGCCAACUGACCAUCAUUGAGGGGUUCAGAAGGGAGCUCAAUUAUAUGGCCAGGCAGAAGCCUAAAACAGUCAUUUACUGGCUAGCAGAAGUGAAAGACUACGAUGUAGAGAUCCGCCUCUCCCAGGAGCAUCAAGCCUACCGCUGGCUAGGGCUGGAUGAGGCCUGCCAGUUGGCUCAGUUCAAGGAGAUGAAGGCGACACUCCAAGAAGGACACCAGUUUCUCUGCUCCACACUGGCCUGAGCUGACCAGAACAAAUGCUUCCAUUGCAUCCUUAUGGGUUUUUCAAGAUGUACCCACCCUUCCAUCCAGGGAAGGAUGCGCAGGUCAUGGCUUGUUAAAACCAAGAGCAGAUAGGUUAGUGAAAUUAAAAUUAACUCAACACUCUCAAGUGACAGCAAGGAAGCCCUGGGUUCAACCCCUAGCAUAGAAAAUAAUUACUUUAAAAAUUAAGGCAAGGAUUUUACUUUCAAAUCAUUACUUUAAAAGCAAAAUUUUUAGCUAAGUUAAAAAGCCAAGGAGGGGUUCAGUUUUUUAAAAUGACAGCCCCAAAGCAUAUCUUUGUCAUUUAUAAAUAAACUUCAAGCAACUUACAUGCC